UCGCAUGAUGCGCCUGUUAGUCAUGUGACUUUCCGUUUUGAAAUAAAAAUGCAGCACAAGACUAAUUUGACAGUUGCGAAACCGUCAUGGCGAAAUCUUUUUCGCACCUGUUGCUUGCUGCAGUACUGGUAGCGGUUGGAAAUUCGCAAAUUCCUUUACCUAAACGUCCGCUGGGGUUUGUCUACAAAGGAGGUGAGCCGACUGCACCAAUUCACCUGGAAGCAUUUGUUGAUUUGACUUGUCCGGACUGUCAACAAACAUGGCCGACUGUCAAAAAAGUCGCAGAUAUGUACGGUCCUGAAACCGUCCAAUUUACCUUGCAGCUUUUUCCAUUGCCUUAUCACACAAAUGCAUUCCUAGCGGCACAGAGUGUCUAUGCCGUGGAAGCCUAUAAUACCUCUCUCGUAAUAAGCUGGAUGGAUGUCAUAUUUGAGAACCAAAACCAACUCUAUGAUUUCCAGACUAUGGACAAAAACAGAUAUGAUGUAAUAAACAUCAUUGCUGACUUGGGAAGUAAAAUUGACAUUGAUAAGACUGUUAUAAAGGAUGGACUUACAAACACAGAAUAUAAUGAACAUACAAGAAUCUCAUGGAAGUUUGGUUGUUCAAGGACAGUUUCUGGAACUCCAUUUUUCUUCUUAAAUGGGGUUUUUGUUAGCCAGGCAACUGCUGCUUGGACUGUGGAGGAAUGGAAACAACUCAUUGAUCCCCUACUGAAGUGAGAUGUUAGCCACUAAAGCUGUGAUUGCUUGCACAUUGGGGCCACAACUUAACUUCUACAUCACGACAAUGAACUUCCUUGACUUUGUUCAUUUUUAAACAUGAAAAGACUAUGAUAAUGGUGCUAAGGCUAUUGAUCAGUGAUGGGAAGAAGUCUCUGCAAGAUUUUGUUUUGAAUACCAGAAUUAAGAGGGACUUCAAACAAAAAUGUUGAAUUAUGCUAAGUAUAAAAUAAAACUAGAUUAACAAGAAAUCACUUGAUAAACUUGAAUGAUUUGUGUUACUUCAUCUCGUUAAAGGGACUGAAUGGUUCAAGUGAGAAUUGCAAUCAAACUUAUUAAAUAUUUUUGAGAAAAAUCAAA